GCGUGUAGUGCGAGUGGGGCCGGACGCGCGCAGCUGCAGGCGACCCGCAAGGAGUUGCCGUCUGUUGGAAGAGUUUGUGAAACCCUCUCUCUGCCCAGAGCUCCAAGACCAAUGCAUCUUCCCAUCACCUUAAGCCACUGAGCAGUUCAGAUCCCCAGUUUCAGAAGACUUGUCCUGCUGCCACCAUGAGCUCUGAAUGUGAUGCUGAUGCUUCCAAAGCUGUGGUGAAUGGCUUGGCCCCCGGCAGUGAUGGGCAAGACAAAGAUAUGGAUCCUACAAAAAUCUGCACUGGGAAGGGAGCUGUGACUCUCCGGGCCUCAUCUUCCUACAAGGAAAUCCCGAGCAGUACCCCUGUGAGCCCGCAGGAAACCCCGCAACACACGAGCAAACCAGGUCUGGAGCCAGAGCAGUCCCCAACAGAUGAGUGGAGGCUUUCUUCCCAUGCUGAUGCCAAUGGAAAUGCCCAGCCCUCUUCACUGGCUGCCAAGGGCUACAGAAGUGUGCAUCCCAACCUUCCUUCCGACAAGCCCCAGGAUUCCAGUCCCGUAUUAAAUGAAGUUUCUUCUUCCCGUAUUGGAACUGAUUCCCAAGCCUUUACACCAGUUAGCAAGUCGUCGUCCGCCUACCCCUCCACAACCAUUGUGAAUCCUACUAUUGUGCUCUUGCAACACAAUCGAGAACAGCAAAAACGACUCAGUAGCCUUUCAGAUCCUGCCUCAGAAAGAAGAGUGGGUGAGCAGGACUCGGUGCCAACCCAGGAAAAACCUACCUCACCUGGCAGGGCUGCUGAAAAGAAAGCAAAGGAUGACAGCAGGCGGGUGGUUAAGAGCGCUCAGGACCUGAGCGAUGUUUCCAUGGAUGAAGUGGGCAUCCCGCUCCGGAACACCGAGAGAUCAAAAGACUGGUACAAGACUAUGUUUAAACAGAUCCACAAACUAAACAGAGAUGAUGAUUCAGAUCUGUACUCCCCUCGAUACUCCUUUUCUGAAGACACAAAAUCUCCCCUUUCUGUGCCUCGUUCAAAAAGUGAGAUGAGCUGCUUUGAUGGUGAGAAGGUAGUCAAGAGGUCGGCCACCCUACCCCUCCCAGCCCGCUCUUCCUCACUGAAGUCGAGCCCAGAAAGAAACGACUGGGAGCCCCCAGAUAAGAAAGUAGAUACGAGAAAAUACCGUGCAGAGCCCAAAAGCAUUUACGAAUAUCAGCCGGGCAAGUCUUCUGUUCUCACCAAUGAAAAGAUGAGUCGGGAUAUAAGCCCAGAAGAGAUAGAUUUAAAGAAUGAACCUUGGUAUAAAUUCUUUUCGGAAUUGGAGUUUGGGAAACCGCCUCCCAAAAAGAUAUGGGAUUAUACUCCUGGAGACUGCUCUAUCCUUCCUAGAGAGGAUAGAAAGACUAAUCUAGACAAAGAUCUCAACCUCUGCAAAACAGAGUUAGAGGCAGAUUUAGAAAACAUGGAGACGCUUAAUAAAGCACCCAGUGCAAACCUGCCACAGAGCUCAGCAGUCAGCCCUACUCCGGAAAUUUCUCCAGAGCCUCCUGGAUAUAUAUAUUCUUCCAACUUCCAUGCAGUGAAGAGGGAAUCUGAUGGGGCUCCCGGGGAUCUCGCUAGCUUGGAGAAUGAGAGACAGAUUUAUAAAAGCGUUUUGGAAGGUGGUGACAUCCCUCUUCAGGGCCUCAGUGGGCUCAAGCGGCCGUCCAGCUCGGCUUCCACUAAAGUGGAUCGUAAAGGUGGGAAUGCUCACAUGAUUACUUCAUCUUCAGUUCAUAGCCGAACACUUAACACUAGCAGUGCGUUAGGCCCUGUGUGUAAGCACAAGAAGCCCCUGUCAGCUGCGAAAGCCUGCAUUUCGGAAAUCCUUCCUUCCAAAUUCAAACCCAGGCUCUCUGCUCCCAGCAAUCUUUUGCAGGAACCGAAGAGUGUCCUGUUGCCCUCAGAGAAGGCUCAGAGCUGUGAGAACCUUUGUGUUUCAGUGUCUUUGAAUGAUCCUAAAAGAGGCCUCCCCCUCCAAGUGGGGGGGAGCAUCGAGAACCUGCUCAUGCGCUCCCGGCGGGAUUAUGACAGCAAGUCGAGCAGCACCAUGAGCCUCCAGGAGUACAGCACCAGCGCCAGGAGGCCCUGCCCUCUCUCGAGGAAGGCUGGGAUGCAGUUCACCAUGUUCUAUCGGGACAUGCACCAGAUCAACCGAGCUGGCCUCUACCUGGGAUCCAUUUCCUCCUCUAGUGUGCGGGAUCUUGCCUCCCACUUUGAAAGGAGCAGCCUGGCGUUGGCCAGGGGUGAGCUGGGCCCCAGCCAGGAGGGCUCCGAGCACAUCCCCAAGCACACCGUCUCCUCCCGCAUCACUGCUUUUGAGCAGCUGAUUCAGCGGUCGCGGUCCAUGCCGUCCCUGGACCUGUCCGGCAGGCUGAGCAAGUCUCCCACACCUGUGCUGUCCCGGGGCGGCCUGACCUCAGCCCGCUCAGCCGAGUCCCUCCUCGAGUCGACCAAGCUCCAUCCCAAGGAGAUGGACAGAAUGAACUCCGGUGGGGUCUAUGCCUCCCCAGCGUGUAGCGAUAUGGCGGACCACACCUUGGGCUUCAGGGGCCUCGUGCCUUCUGAGCCCCUCUCCGCCUGUUCUGACGACCUGGACCACUGUUCAAAUGCCUCCAAUGACAGCAGAGAGGGCAGCAGCGGCAGCGUUCACGGGGACUUCCCCAAACAUCGCCUCAACAAGUGCAAGGGGACCUGCCCAGCCUCCUACACCCGCUUCACCACCAUCCGGAAGCAUGAGCAGCAGCAGACCCCCAGACAGCCCGACUGGCGCCUGGAUUCCAGAGGGGACAAGAGCACCCUCCUCAGGAACAUCUACCUAAUGAGCCCCCUCCCUUUUCGGUUGAAAAAGCCCCUCCAGCACCACCCCAGACAGCCUUCCCUUGGUGACUCCUCCAGCCUCCCGGUGGGCCAGAAGCCAGACCUCCCCAGCCAGCCCCACCAGGACCAGCUCCUCUCUGCGGGGAAGCCCUUGGUUCCCAUACGCCUGUCGUCCCGCCACACCAUGGCCAGGCUUAGCCGCAGCUCAGAGCCCCCUCGGGAGAGACCCGCGGUCCCGGAGGACUUCCCAAGGGCCAUUAAUAAUGGGAACUCUGUGCCUCACUCAGACCACGGCCUGGACAGGAACAACAACCCCCACAGUGAACUGGCACCACCCUGCGGAGAUUCAGAAUCACCAAGGCAUUUUAUACCAGCUGAUUACUUGGAAUCCACAGAAGAAUUUAUUCGAAGACGUCAUGAUGAUAAAGAGAAACUUUUAGCGGACCAGAGACGACUUAAGCGCGAGCAAGAAGAGGCCGAUAUUGCAGCCCGACGCCACACGGGCGUCAUCCCGACGCACCAUCAGUUUAUCACUAAUGAGCGCUUUGGGGACCUUCUCAAUAUAGACGAUACCGCAAAAAGGAAAUCUGGGUCAGAGAUGAGACCUGCCAGAGCCAAAUUUGACUUUAAAGCUCAGACACUAAAGGAGCUUCCUCUGCAGAAGGGAGAUAUUGUUUACAUUUAUAAGCAAAUUGAUCAGAACUGGUACGAAGGAGAACACCACGGCCGGGUGGGAAUCUUCCCACGCACCUACAUCGAGCUUCUUCCUCCUGCCGAGAAGGCUCAGCCCAAAAAGUUGACGCCAGUGCAGGUUUUGGAGUACGGAGAAGCUAUUGCUAAGUUUAACUUUAAUGGUGAUACGCAAGUAGAAAUGUCCUUCAGAAAGGGCGAGAGGAUCACACUGCUGCGACAGGUGGACGAGAACUGGUAUGAAGGAAGGAUCCCGGGGACAUCCCGACAAGGCAUCUUCCCCAUCACCUACGUGGACGUGAUCAAACGGCCACUGGUGAAAAACCCCAUGGAGUACGUCGACCUGCCUUACUCCUCCUCCCCAAGUCGUAGUGCCACUGCGAGCCCACAGUUCCCCAGUCAGAGCAAGCUCCUCAUGCCAGCCCCCUCAUCUCUGCCCCAUACCCGCAGAGCCCUGUCCCCUGAGAUGCACGCCGUCACCUCCGAGUGGAUCUCGCUGACUGUGGGGGUCCCCAGCAGGCGUUCUCUGGCCCUGACCCCACCCUUGCCGCCUCUGCCAGAGGCUUCUGUCUAUAGCACUGACCACCUCGCCCUGUUGUCAAGGGCUGGCCCCUCCCUGUCUCUCAGCCUCCCACAGCCAAGUUGGUCAGAUCGUCCCACCCCACGAUCGAUGGUUUCCCCGCUGGCCCUACCUGCCCCCCACAAAGCCUACUCCCCAGUACCUGGCGCCCAGGCAUCCCUUCACAUCAAUGGAGACAGUGGUGUCCACAUGCCACCUUCAGGCAGCCGCCAAGAUAGCUUCUCCCAGCCGCUGCUCGGGAGCUCUGAUAGUGUCAUCUCGGAGCUUAGCGAUGCCUUUAGCAGCCAGAGCAAGAGGCAGCCGUGGCAAGAAGAGAACGGACACUAUGAGAGGAAAGCAGAGAGGGAGGCAGGUGAGAGAUGCCCUGGUGGACCCAAGAUCUCUAAGAAGAGCUGCUUGAAGCCUUCAGACGUGGUCAGGUGCCUGAGUACUGAACAGAGACUCUCAGAUCUCCACACCCCUGAGGAGAGCCGGCCCGGCAAGUCCCUGGGUGGCCCUUUUCCAGGAAGGGAGGCUGAGCAGCCAGAGCGGCAUAGAGGUGGCGAGCAGGCUGAGAGGAGAGCUGCUCAGAGAGGUGGGAGCCAGGAAGCGGUUUGCAAUGAGAUCAUAAACAUUGCCGAAAAAUCUGUUCAUUACUGCAGCACUGUGUCUCAUCCCCUUGACUUUCAUCACAAGGUAUCCCCUUCUGACAAUAAAUCAUCUUUAAUCAUUUCUCAGCAACCUCAAGCCCAGCAGCGAAGAGUCACCCCAGACAGGAGUCAAACCUCACAAGAUUUAUUUAGCUACCAAGCAUUAUAUAGCUAUAUACCACAGAAUGAUGAUGAAUUGGAACUCCGAGAUGGAGAUAUCGUUGAUGUCAUGGAAAAAUGUGACGACGGAUGGUUUGUUGGUACUUCAAGAAGGACAAGGCAGUUUGGUACUUUUCCAGGCAACUAUGUAAAACCUUUGUAUCUAUAAGAAGAUUGAAAACCUCGGAGAUUAUUUUUAUUGGGGGAUAAAGCAUAAUUCACAAACCGAUCUCUUUAGUUGAGUCAGUAGGAAAUUUAAUGCAGUGGAUAAAGUAAGAAGCAAAAGAGAGGGACAGAAGAGUGUUGUUUGAAAUCCAAGCCUGUCUAAUAUUACUGUGUAUCAGACAGGGUCGAAUGGUGUGCUGAGCAAAAAGAAUUGAGGCAAAUCGCAUUUACUUAGCUGCUUCUGGGAGCCGCUUCAGCCUUCCCCUCCCCUCCACCUCCUGGGUAAUCUGACCCGGGGCACAGUCCAGAAGCAGAGUUAGCCGGAAAUGCCUCCUGCUGCCCCAGCCUUAACCAGCUCCCAUCUCAAAGGGGUCAUUGAGCCUGAAGCAGCCCUCAAGGUGCCAGGCAGAUCCUCAGCCAUUUUUCAGAGGCUCCAAGCCUAGAAUCCACCGACUGUCCCAGCCUCCAGUCCCCAACUGCCCUGGAGCCCGCUGACCCCCCAGCACUCCUGGAGAUCAGUCUGGGGUGCAGAGGCUGUCCCCAGACAGAGGUGGAGGCCACCAAAUUGCCCAAGACCAAAUCCCUGUCUGGACCUGCUGAGGUACGGGUGGGGCACUGGAGGUAGAACAUGGCACCCAGUGCGUUCAGCCUGCUGUGCAGCAUGGCCGCUGACUGCCCUGGUGUUCAGAUGGAAAAGCACGCAAGAUCUGCCCAUGAGAACUGGGAGCAGAUGGCCGGGCAGAUAGGUUACAUUUGUAUUUCCAAGUGAUUAAGUCAAGAAGCCGCCCUGUAGCCCUCGAGGCCACUUGCAGUGCAUUCCUUUCCCAUAUCGCUGGGUCACCUUCAGGGCAGUGCAGCUUCAUUUAUCAGAACCUCGUCACUAACCCUUCUUUUCUGGCUUGUGUUUGAUGGGACAGUUUGGAAUUGGUAGGUCUACUUUUGUAGAAAACCAAGAAUGGUGUCCAGAGGUUCAUUUAACAUACACCAAUGUACACUGGCUGCCGGGGAGACCGAUGGGCAGGGCUUGCUCCAGACUCUGAAGGGACUGGCCAAGUCUCCCGUCUCACUCCAUAAAGGAGCUCAAGGACCACCCAAAACUCACGGGGCUGUGAAUCCAAAGGCACCCUGGUGAGGCUUCUCUGCAGAGGGAAGCAGUGAUUCUGCGGCCACCAGCAGUGACCAGGAGGCCUGUCCUUUGUGGGGGCAGAUCUGAGGAGGGAGGCCCCUGUGGCACCCGGGCACUUAGUUACAACUCUGUCCAGUUUGAGGAUAUUUGUCGGUCUCUCUGUUGGACCCCUUAGUGAGACAAAGAUAGAAAUGACCCAGUCCCUGCCCACUAGGAACUCAGUGGUGAUUGGGGAGACAGCCACAGAAAAAGGAACUUAAUCAAGAGAGACUGUGGUAUGUGCUAAGAAGGGUGUGAGAGAGGAAGAGAUGAAUUUUCCCUGGAGGGAUCCUAGAAAGCAUUGUCAAUUCUGUCUCUGUUAGCUCACUUUUGAAAAUCUAGGAUGCUGGAAGAACCUUUGUCUGAGGGUAGGUCAUGGCUGGAAAUACUUGGAACUUUGUCCAGAGUCUCCAAGCUCUCAUCUUCUUCGUAAAUACUCAUCCAAGGUCACAAAUAGGAGUAGCCGUUCUAGGUGGUAGGGGUGUGUACAGGAACCCCUGGCUGUCUGCAUAUAGCUUAGAAUUACCCCAGGACCAUUGUCCCAAAGUCUAGAGUCUUCACAAGUAGGCAGAAUUUGUCUCAGUGCCUGUGCCUCAGCUGUUCAGAUGCCCAUCUUAGGAUCCCACCAGCUUCCCACCCCCCACCAGACAGCCACAAUACAUUCGCUUUUUCUCCCUAUCCUUCUUUCAAAUCCUGUUCUCAGGAAAGAAAUUGCCACUGAUUCAUUCACACUAAAGUGUAAAUGACUGAUAAGAGGAAUGUGUUAGACUUCCCACAGACAUUUGUUUUUAUCUAGGCCAGGGGAGAGCCUUAACCCCAAGGGGAAGGUUUAUGGAACUGAAGGGGUGGGGAAGCUUCCUGGGUAGAAAGAGCCUUCUUGAUUAUCCUUAGGACCCAGUGACAAUAGACCUAUUGCUUUGGAAGGUCUGCUCCACCGUCCAAGAGCACUGUGUUUUUGACUUUCCCUCUCUGAGGGAAUAUACUAAAAAUGCAUUUUAACGUGCAUUUGGCACGGCAGCAUUUCACCCAUUUUGGAAUGUAUCGGCUAAUGCGUUUCCCAGUCUUUCUUAGAUGCAAACCAUUAAUAACACUAUCUUAUCUAAUAGUUUUUUGAGGGGUGCUUCUUGAUUAAGUAGGUAAUUUUGAACACCUCUUUAAAUACAGCUAGAAAAUAAAACCAAUUUGUAAAGCCACAUUUGCAUAUGAUGCCAGCCUCAUGCAUUUGUAUAUCUCCAGAAAUCCAGGUAUGCCUCACCGAUUUGCCCGUCUUUAAUAAAGUCAUAUGUUAAAAUUUGCAUCACUUCAGCUUCCUAUGUAAUGACAAAACAAGGAACAGAGGUUUCCAAUUGCUCUUUUGUCUUCAGACAUUUAGUAAUAUAAAGUACCUAUUUUUAUGCUGAAAUGUUUAUACUGGUUUAUUAAUAGCAAGUACAACUAACUGGCGGCAUGCCUUGCGACACAUUUUGAUAUACUAGCCAUGCUUCCGGGUAAAGGCAAGCCCCAAACUACUUAUCUUUUGCAGUCUCUCUGGGAUCAGUAAAAGAAAAAAAAUCAUGUGCUUAAGAAGUGGGACUGUAAAUAUGUAUAUUUAACUUUGUAUAGCCCAUGUACCUACCUUGUAUAGAAAAACAAUUUUAAAAAUUUGAAUGGAAGGGGGGGUAAAGUAAGGAAGUCAUAAAGUUUUUUGCAUUUUUAUUUAAAUGAAGGAAUUCCAAAUAACUCACCUGAAGAUUUUUAGCACAAAAAUAGCCAUUGUAAAGUGUUAAAAUUUACAAUAAUUAUUCUUUUGGGAAGAGAAGGUAGCUAUAAUCUCAAUUAUACUUGGUUUCUUUUUUCUUUUUCAUUUCAUUGUUUUGAUAUUUUGGGGGGGUUGUUUGAUUUUUUUUUUUUUUUUUGGCAGUCCUAUUUAUCUACAGUAGCAUUAAGUCCUAUUGCUAGGAUAGGUUACUACAAAAAAAGAUUACAUUCUGAAAGACAAAUAACUGACAUUAUAUAUAACCAAUUAAUUUAAAGUAUUGCCAUUUAAAUUACACACUGAGAGCAUGUACUAUGCAGACAUAGAUUUUUCUGUUCAUUUAUUUUUCUUUAUUGCAGUGGAUUGAUUUGAUAAAUGUGUUGAAUUACUACCUUUGCUGUACAUAUUAUUUAAUAAACUUUAUUCAGAAUCGUGUGGCA